GCGGUGUUUGACCGAGUUGGCUUCACGCUAUCGGAUCGAUGAAAACAUUCCUCUGAUCAACUCUGAUUCUAGCACUAGUAUCGGUUAUCAUAUACAUAUAUCACUUCGUGGGGACAGCGAUCCCCCUACCAGCCUACGAAAACUGCGUCAACAACACUGAGUGCUAAACCCUAAUUGCUACGAUGAACCUCCCCACGAACCCAACGGCAGGUGCAACCGCGCAGUCCUCUCCAUCCGUCGACUUCGGGGUCGGAUAUGCCCCUACGACCGUCUCCGCUGGCACCGUCCUCACAGAUAUCGUCUCUGCAGAAGACCCACAUCAGUCACUCAAAUACUUUGGUGUCAAGUUUAUCCGCGUCCAAUGGGUCGACCUCUCCAACUUCAUACACUGCCGCAUUUUGACGAUCUCGCACUUUUACAAGCUCCUCCGCGAGUCUCGUCCGGGCGUUGCGAUCACGAAGGCUGCACUCGGACUCGUCUUCCUGACGCUGACCGAAGGAUUUGGUGUAUGUGGGGAGUAUAUCCUUGUCAUGGACCUCUCGAGUGUGAGGUUGUGUGGAUAUGCGCCCGGGCAUGCAGCCGUAUUUGGAUACUUCCAGGAGAAAUACCCACUUGGCGGCAAGUUGGAUGUACCCUUGUGCCCGAGGAUGAAUUUGAAAAGGAUCGUAAAAUACGCAGAAGAAGAACUCAAGACAAAGUUCCUUGUUGGCUUCGAGACCGAGUUUAUCCUACUUACAAUUUCGCAAUCUGGUAUCAAGGCUCCGAACAAUCACGGGUGGUCAAGGACUGCUGCGCUCGCGUCAGGAACAACGGAGCUUACCGUGCUCGAGGAGAUCGCGGAUGCCCUCACCACAUCUGGCAUUGAACUUCAGAUGUUCCACUCAGAGGCCGCGCCAGGGCAGUACGAAGUCGUUACCGGCCCACUUCCUCCGCUUGAGGCUGCAGACGCGUUGGCCCAUACGCGUGAGACAAUCUAUAACAUCGCCAGAAAGCAUGGCAUGCAUGCCACCCUUGCACCAAGAUUGUACGCCAAUAGCUGUGGAAGUGGGGCGCACACCCACAUCUCCGUUCACUCAACUUCUGGACCCUCACCACCCUCUGAACUCCAUCCGUCCGUUCUCACCACUCAUGAAUCCCGAUUCCUCGCCGGCCUAAUGGCACAUCUUCCCUCUGUCAUUGCUUUCACCCUUCCUCUUCCCCAAUCAUAUGCACGCAUGACAGACGGAAUUUGGUCUGGCGGAACAUGGGCAUCCUGGGGAGUCGAGCACAAGGAAGUACCCGUGCGACUUACGAACCCGAGCUCACCGCAGACGAGAAAUUUUGAGGUCAAGACAGUUGAUGGUACUGCAAGUCCUUAUCUCGUUCUAGCCGGAUUGAUCAGUGCGGGUAUCAUCGGUAUCAGAGACCAGUUGGAGUUAACAGUAGAGGGUUGUGGAGAGAAGGCGGCAGCUGAGUUGACGGAAGCGGAAAGGGCGGAGAAAAGGAUUACGAAAAGGCUUCCAUUGGAUGUGGAGAGUGCACGGCAGUAUCUGCUGGAAGAUCAAAAGAUAGGAGAAGUGAUUGGGGAGGAGGUAGUGAGGAAGUAUGUCGCUGUGAACAAGACUCUUGGGGGACUGAUUGUGCAACAAGAAACUGAGAGUGAAGACGCAGCUGUUGUUCGUCUUGUAGAAACAUACUGAGGCGUGAAUAUGUGUCGUGCUAUAUGAUUACUGCCACGCUCAUAACCGCUCGGGUCGACCUGCACGUGUUUAUGGAACCUGAUCAGUGGUGCAUAUUCAUUUAAACUUUGAUAGUGGUAACACGAAUAGACAUAAAGGAUACCAAGAACAUGGGUAUCUAAAGAAGUCCACAGUAACGCGCGUGGUGUUCAAGUCCAGACAUUAUACGCAGGUAUUUCAACUAAAAUGUAGAGAAGAAUGUAUAGACGGGUUUCAACCAUAACGAGCAGUACGAUUGGUUCUGAGACGCACAUUCCGUCUUAAAGAUUAGUGGCGAGGAUUCUGUUGGAUAAGCUCAAGAGCCUUCGCAGAGCGGGCUUUGAUAGAACACUUGAACAGCUUGGGGUGG